GAGGUUGGUGGCUCAGUGAAUACAGUCAAAUCAUGUGUGUACUAAAGUAUAGUGUAGUUUACACCUGUUUUGUCAAUGUGUACUUUGGAUACUUUUCAGAGGCUGCCAUGUUAAACCUGACCUACACGCCAAGCCCAGCCCUGGAGAAUUCCCCUGUGACACUGACAUGCUCCUACACGGGACUACAGACUACUGAGACCACAACACGUGCAGCAUGGGAUGUCAAGGCUCCAAAUGAUGCAUUUGCGCCAAAAGGAACUAUCAAGAGUAGUAGCUGUACUCCUUUUGGUGUCUUAGAUACCAGUCUUUACAAUUUUUCCUGUGGAGUUGGUUAUUUCACAUGGACAAUCCUCAAUGUCAGCAGGAAUAAUGAUCAGCAUGUGUGGCAGAGUACAAUUGGGACAACAGUUAGAUUAUACAUUGUCAACACAACACUCAAUGUUCAAGUUCCCAUCACAGCGGUGAGCAUGGCAGCACCUACAGAUUCCACAGUGACAAUGAACGCUGGUGAUUCUGAGACGUUCAAAUGUAGGACCUCAGGUGGACUCCCCCAAGCCACGAUCAAAUGGUUCAAGGUGACAGGGAACACGUGUUCUCAAUCUGGAACGGAGAUCAAGUCCUCAGUUUUCAGCCCUACUGUCAGUGUCGUCGAGGGUUUGAAGCAAGUAGAAAGUACCCUGACCUUCACUGCCACAGGUACAGAUAAUGGCCUGAGGAUAUGCUGCAUUGCCAGUAAUGUCGAGGGGAAGCAGCGUGAGUCUGGGACCAAACUAUUGGAUGUCAGAUAUGCACCUACCGACUCUCCAGUCAUUGAAGGGUACGCCAGUGGUAGUAAAUACAGUAUGAUAGAAAACAGCACAGAAAGUCUAACAUGCAUCAGUACGGGUGGAAACCCACUGGCGACUCUAACCUGGAGCUGCUUCAACGGCCAGAUGUCCAGUCCUAGUGAACAAGGGAGUACGGUAAAAAGGGUUGUACAGUGGUCAGCUAGACGUAAUGAGAACGCCAGGUGCACGUGUACAGCCUCACACGUGACCAGACAAAAUCAAUCACAGAGUGCCUUUGUCAACGUUAACGUAUUGUAUCCUCCUUCUACACCUAUAUUCAGAGUGGGUAAUACGGACGUUGGCUCCAGCAUCAGCAUCAUAACCAACAGUUCACAGACUGUUGAAUGUACCAGUUUCGGCAACCCGCCUCCCGCUUCAAGCGACUUUACCUGGAGAAAGGGCACCAUUGAAAUGAGCACGCAUUCAGUGUUGAACUGGCCGGGUGGAAUCAAGGUUGGUGAUGAAGGCAGCUACACAUGUACUGUAGAAACAACUAUGACACCAUCCAACCAAAGUAACGUCGCACAAGUUGCUACGAGUUCUUCAACUGUAAAAAUCACAGUUCUUUAUCCUCCAGAAUUGCCAACAUUGUAUUUGGGCAGUAGGUCAGGACCAGUUAUACUUGGUCCUUUGACGCUCGUGGUUCAGCGAUCGUUCACUCUUGUAUGCGAUGCUUCUUCUAAACCUCCUGCCAACUUCUCUUGGGCAGUAGGAGUGAACACUGUCCAAGGUCAGCUGCUUCAAGACAUGCUUGCUACAAAGGUGAACACAAUGAGAACGUGUACUGCAAGUAGUACACUUAACCCUACAGUAGGACCAGCCAGAACAAUGUCUUCCUCAGCUACUGUCACAAUAAAUAUAAACUAUUUUCCUGAAAAUGUUCUCAUCAGGCACGAGUCAGUAUCCGGAACUGCCAUACAGUCCGAAUUUAGAGUAAUUGAGGGAAAUGCGACCAAAUUAUACUGCAGUGUACAAAGUCAGCCGGCUUCGUCAUUUAGUUGGUCAGGAGCAGACAUACACUCGCUUGGUAGUAAUCUGGUAUACAGCAACACGCUACAAGCGCAGACCGGGGUGCUCUCAUGUUUGGCGGAAAACAAUAUGACACAUGGAAACCAAGCUGUAAAAGGAUCGGCGUCACGAAACAUUUCCUUAAAUGUUCUUUAUCCUCCAAAGCUGCUGACAUUACACAGGAUAAAUGCAGUAGAAGGACGUUCGCUUUUGAUUCAAUGUCAAUACACUGACGGAAACCCGAUAGCAACAACGUUAACGAUCACCAGAACAGCUGACGGCACCAGUUGGAGUGGAAAACACACAAUCCAGUCAGUAAGACGCGCAGAUGCCGGUCUUUACAGAUGUACAGUAAAUAAUUCGAUGGAUCCUACCGGUGAGGAUAUACGAACAGGGAUGGACACAGCGGAUUUUGAGAUUAACGUCUGGUACAACACCUCGAUUACAAGAUUUGAAGUCAGUGGCAAUCCAAACCAAACCAUCGUUACAAUUAAUGAGUCGGACAGGUUUGUGGUCGUCUGUGGGGUCUUAAGCAACCCGAAUUCUACGAUCAGAUUAGAAAAAAACAACAUGGCCACAACCCUUUUGAAAACAGAAAAUGUUCUCGAAGUAGAAUACCUAAAUCAAAAUGCCGUAUGCUCUGAUGCUGAUGUAUACACAUGUUCGGGAUUCAACAACUACACAGACAUGAACAAUACGCCAUCCAAAGAAUUACAGUUGUUUGUCAGAUGCUCUCCUAGACCAUCCGAUAGUCAUGAACAUUUGAGACGAAAUUUCACUGGAACUGUGCACGGAAAUGUCACUUUUGCUUUUAUGGCGGUUGCAUAUCCACCGCCAACGUUUGAAUGGCAGAUGUGGAAUGAAACAUCGUAUAACAAAGUUAAUGGGGACAAAUAUGUUAUCACAUCAACAGAUCUGCUCACAUCAUUAACCAUUGUGAAUAUUCAACUGAACGAUUUUAUGUCAUAUAUUCUGAAGGUGUCGAAUGGAAUACACCCAUAUUUACAGGAACCGUUUUAUCUAAAUCCACAUGGUGUGCCACAGUGUCCUACAAACUUUACCUUGCUUGCAAAAUCAACUACAAUGGCAACAGUUCAGUGGAAAGGAGAGUUUAAUGGAGGACUUCAGCAGACAUUUGUUGUGGUUUACAAGAAACGAUCUGAUUCAAUAUACUUUAAUCUUUCUAAGCCUGAGGAUAAAGAAACAGAAAUUUACAAUACCGAACUAACAGAUUUGGAGGACGGCCAACUCUACGAUGUAAUCUUAUAUUCACAGAACAUGAUUGGCCCAUGCAUAGAUAAUAAAUCAUUGGUAAUCAAAACAGACACAGAAGAAAAUGCAGGAGGUAUCAGUACAGCAGUGAUUGGUGGCGUUGCUGGUGGUUCAUCAGCAGUCAUAUUAAUAGGCGUUGGGGUACUGAUUGUCAUCCUAUACAGACGAAGAUUUGCAACACAGACGAAGGAGACUCAUAAUACGCUAACUAAGGGACAAAAACUGAGUCAUUUCAAGGAUAAGCAUGCUGACUCGGACAGCGAUGAUGGCAUACCCGAUGAAGUCGAAAACCCGAUGUAUGAAAGUUCGCCUAUUGAGCAGCAGAAAGUUGCUGACGCUAUAUAUGCCAUGCCAAAGAAAAAGAAAGGGGACGUUUAUGCAGCUGUGAACAAGAAAAAGAAGAAAAACGAUCAUCCAGCACCAGCAGCUGUAUCAAUGUCACAUGAUAACGCUGCUUUUGAUAUUUAUGAAAACAAUCAACCAACACCUUCAAAACAGGGACAUAUGAAUAAGGAUGGGCUUUUGUAUGCUGAUAUUGUCUUUGCCAAUCCUCCAAAAGGUCAGAGGAAACUUGUGAUACAUGGAUUGGACGACAUGACAACAUAUGCCGAAGUAGACCUUACUAAGACAGCAGAUCCUCUUCCAGACAGCGACAAUGAAAUCAAUAAGAAAUCUUGACUUAACUAAAGGAACUAUGUUCGUGUAUUCCUGUGGUUUCCUUUGCAAUUUUAUAUGGCUCUCUUGCAAAUAACUGAUAGUGUUAUACACAUGCAUGUAUAUAUUUUAGCCAUUCUCAUUCGUCUUAAUCUUAAUGGUAUUUUGCCAAUAACACAACGUCAAUAGCAUGUUUUGUUCAAAACCAUUUAAUCUAAAAAAUCCUCACAAUUGUAAUUUUAUGUCUAGAGCAUAACUUAAAAAAGCCUUGAAGUAUUUACUUUAAACUUAAUAUACAGUGAAUUGCACAUGUACCAUUACUCUUGCUGCACUUUUAGUUAUUGUUCAUUGUUUAUUUUUCAAUAUUUUGUCCUAAGGAUAGUUGAUACUGUUCUUAAUAGGAGGGGGAUAUGACAGUAUGUGGCUGGUCUCGUUGUACUUCUCUUUUUACUUCCCUCCCUUACAUUAUAUUUUUAAGGUAUUGACUUCAACUGUACAAAGAUAACAUUAUUUGUUUGUUUUUUUGGUCAAUCCAAUUAAAACUGUCCUAUGCUUUUAAAAAAAACUAAAUAUAACAUUUCAUGCCUUAUUUCUUACGUGUAUCCAAAAUAGGGCAUUGCAUGAACAUACAUCACUCCUAGUGGUUUAACAAGAAGUUGUUUUAGUGGGGGUAUUAAUCACAUUCAGUGAUAUUUCUACUUUUCCAUGCAAAACCCUAAGAAAAACUGACCGAUAAAUUUUUGAUGAUGUUCUUCGUAAUAAGUAUUUACACAAUAUAUAAAACAAUCGAUGUCUGGCCGUAUGAAACGUUAAUGAACCCAAUUAAAGAAAAUUCAUUAAUUAUAUUAAGUUUGUUAUUUAUUUUUUUGGUAAAUUAUGUGCAUUUUCUGUUUGUUUCUCUGUCUUUGUAUUGUUAAUUUCUACGUGGUGACAAUGCUGCAUUUUUAGCAUGUAUUUGUGUUUUGUUUGUUCAGUCUUUUGUAGUAUAUUGUCAUAGCUUUUGAGAACGCUUUGCUUCAUCUGCAACUGUCAAAUGCGUGUUUUCUAAUGCAGACAUCGAAUUGUGUGUACAAUAAACCAUAA